AUGGAGAAUCAUUCAGAGAUCCCUGUUCAUGAGAAGCAACAUACAUGUGAACACUGCUCAAAGUCAUUUUCUCACGCUUCAAACUUGGAGAAACAUUUGCGAGUCCAUACUAGAAAGAAGCCCCAUUCGUGUGAGUAUUGCUCAAAGUCAUUUUCUUAUCCUUCAGACUUGAAGAAACAUUUGCGAGUCCAUACUAGUGAGAAGCCCCAUUCGUGUGAAUAUUGCUCAAAGUCAUUUUCUUAUCCUUCAGAUCUGAACAGACAUUUGCGUGUUCAUACUGGUGAGAAGCCGCCGUAUUCGUGUGAAUAUUGCUCAAAGACAUUUUCAAACUCUUCAAUCUUGGAAAAACAUUUGCAAUUCCAUACUAGUGAGAAACCCUAUUUGUGUGAAUAUUGUUCCAAGGCAUUUUCUCACGCUUCAGACUUGAAGAAACAUUUUCGAGUCCAUACUAGGGAGAAGCCCCAUUCGUGUGAAUAUUGCUCAAAGUCAUUUUCUUAUCCUUCAGAUCUGAAUAGACAUUUGCGUGUUCAUACUGGUGAGAAUCCGCCCUAUUCAUGUGAAUAUUGCACAAAGUCAUUUUCUUAUCCUUCAGACUUGAAGAAACAUUUGCGUGUUCAUACUGGUGAGAAGCCCUAUUCGUGUGAACAUUGCUCAAAGACAUUUUCACACUCAUCAGUCUUGAAAAAUCAUUUGCAAGUUCAUACUAGUGAGAAACCCUACUUGUGUGAAUAUUGCUCCAAGGCAUUUUCUCACGCUUCAGACUUAAAGAAACAUUUGCGAGUCCAUACUAGUGAGAAGCCGCAUUCGUGUGAGUAUUGCUCAAAGUCAUUUUCUUAUCCUUCACAUCUGAACAGACAUUUGCGUGUUCAUACUGGUGAGAAGCCGCCGUAUUCGUGUGAACAUUGCUCAAAGACAUUUUCAAACUCUUCAAUCUUGGAAAAUCAUUUGCAAUUCCAUACUAGUGAGAAACCCUACUUGUGUGAAUAUUGUUCCAAGGCAUUUUCUCACGCUUCAGACUUGAAGAAACAUUUUCGAGUCCAUACUAGGGAGAAGCCCCAUUCGUGUGAAUAUUGCUCAAAGUCAUUUUCUUAUCCUUCAGAUCUGAAUAGACAUUUGCGUGUUCAUACUGGUGAGAAGCCGCCCUAUUCGUGUGAACAUUGCUCAAAGACAUUUUCAAACUCUUCAAUCUUGAAAAAUCAUUUGCAAUUUCAUACUAGUGAGAAACCCUACUUGUAUGAAUAUUGUUCCAAGGCAUUUUCUCACGCUUCAGACUCGAAGAAACAUUUGCGAGUCCAUACUAGGGAGAAGCCCCAUUCGUGUGAGUAUUGCUCAAAGUCAUUUUCUUAUCCUUCAGACUUGAAGAGACAUUUGCUUGUUCAUACUGGUGAAAAACGCUAUUCGUGUGAACAUUGCUCAAAGACAUUUUCAAACUCUUCAGUCUUAAAAAAUCAUUUGCAAGUUCAUACGAGUGAGAAGCCCUAUUUGUGUGAAUAUUGCUCAAAGACAUUUUCUCAUGCUUCAGAUUUGAAGAAACAUUUGCGACUACACACUAGGGAGAAGCCCCAUUCGUGUGAGUAUUGCUCAAUGUCAUUUCCUUAUCCUUCAGAUCUGAAGAGACAUUUGCGUGUUCAUACUGGUGAGAAGCCCUAUUUGUGUUUACAUUGCUCAAAGACAUUUUCAAACUCUUCAAUCUUGAAGAAACAUUUGCGAAUUCAUACUAGAGAGAAGCCCUAUUUGUGUGAAUUGUGCUCAAAGGCCUUUUCUCACGCUUCAAACUUGAAGAAACAUUUGCGAGUUCAUACUGGUGAGAAGCCACCCUAUUCGUGUGAAUAUUGCUCAAAGUCAUUUUCUUAUCCUUCAGACUUGAAGAAACAUUUGCCUGUUCACACUGGUGAGAAGCCCUAUUCGUGUGACCAUUGUUCAAAAAAAUUUUCUUCUAGUUCAAUACUAAGAGUGCAUGUGAGAGUCCAUACUGGAGAAAAGCCCUAUACGUGUGACUGCUGUUCAAAAACAUUUUCUUAUUCUUCAGACUUAAAUAAACAUUUGAGAAUCCAUAAUGGCAAAAGGCCCUUUUCUUGUGACAGUUGUAUGAAGACAUUUUCUAAUCUUUCAAACUUCAAAGUACAUUUGAGGGUCCACACUGGUGAAAAGCCUCAUUCGUGUACCUAUUGUUCGAGGGCAUUUUCUUCGAGUUCCGACUUAAAGAGGCAUUUGAGGGUCCACACUGGUGAAAAACCUCAUUCGUGUGUUUGUUGUUCAAGGGCAUUUACUUCGAGUUCCGGGUUAAGGAAGCAUUUGAGAGUCCAUACUGGUGAAAAGCCCUAUUCGUGUGACUAUUGUUCUGAGGCGUUCACUCUACAUUCAACUUUCACAACACACAUGAGAGCCCAUACAUGUGAAAAACCUUAUUCGUGUCAUCGUUGUCCAAAGACGUUUUCAAAAGCUUCCAACUUAAGGCAGCACAAGAGGGUUCACACUGUCGAAAAGCCGUUUUCAUGUGAAUAA